AACCAGAUCUGGAACUCUGACCUUUCCCCUCACCUCCCUGCCACUCACCAGCCAGCCUCCUCUUGUCAAGUGAUCAGGCUGUCAACUAAGCUUCUGUAGGGUAAGGUUUCAAGCCAGCUGGAGCGUAUAAAGAUAGGUGCCAAGCCGGAGGCAGAGAGACAACAGUGAAUGGUAAGGGGGCAACUAGAUCCCUGCUUCCCCCUCCUGGGAUGGAGCCCUAAGGAGCCUUAAGGAGGCCCUGUGCUUCCCCUGCCCUGGCUGGACUCACAGCCUCCUCCCUGCACUAAAGCUCAGGACUGCAAAGCGGCCUCUCUCCUUGGACCUCUCUCCUCUCUUCUCUCUCCUGGGCCCCGGAGGGACCAGGCAGAACCUUCUGGGACCAUGGUUGGACUAAAGCCUUCAGAGGUACCUCCCACCACAGCUGUGAAAUUCCUGGGGGCAGGCACAGCAGCCUGUUUUGCUGAUCUCCUCACCUUUCCACUGGACACAGCCAAGGUUCGCCUGCAGAUCCAGGGGGAGAAGCAGGCGACCCAGGCAGCCCAGAGACCCCAGUACCGCGGCGUACUGGGCACCAUCCUGACCAUGGUGCGCACCGAGGGCCCCCACAGCCCCUACAACGGGCUGGUCGCCGGCCUGCAGCGCCAGAUGAGCUUCGCCUCCAUCCGCAUCGGCCUUUACGACUCUGUCAAGCAGUUCUACACCCCCAAGGGAUCCGACCACUCGAGCAUCACUACCCGGAUUUUGGCAGGUUGCACCACUGGGGCCAUGGCGGUAUCAUGUGCCCAGCCCACGGAUGUGGUGAAGGUCCGGUUUCAGGCCAGCAUACACCUUGGGGCCGGGAGCAACAGGAAAUACAGUGGGACAAUGGACGCCUACAGGACCAUCGCCAGGGAGGAAGGGCUCAGGGGCCUAUGGAAAGGAACUUUCCCCAACAUCACAAGGAAUGCCAUCGUCAACUGUGCUGAGAUGGUGACCUAUGACAUCAUCAAGGAGAAGCUGCUAGACUAUCAUCUGCUCACGGACAAUUUCCCCUGCCACUUCAUCUCUGCCUUUGGAGCCGGCUUCUGUGCCACAGUGGUGGCCUCCCCAGUGGAUGUGGUGAAGACCCGGUACAUGAACUCACCCCCAGGCCAAUACCGCAGCCCCCUGGACUGCAUGCUGAAGAUGGUGGCCCACGAGGGCCCCACAGCCUUCUAUAAAGGAUUUACACCAUCAUUUUUGCGUUUGGGAACCUGGAAUGUGGUGAUGUUCGUGACCUAUGAGCAGCUGAAACGGGCCUUGAUGAAAGUCCAGAUCCUACGGGAAUCUCCAUUCUGAAUAAAGCAGGGCCACUUAGUACUGAAUUGGAACAAGAACCAGUGGGUCCCACACAAACCCACACAUGUUUACACAACUGGUUUACUUGCUGCUGAGUCAAGAAAUAGAAGCAGAGAAAGGAUUCUGGUCUUCAGUGCUUUGUCUUAAGAACACAUUUGUUUUGUACGGACAAGUUGGAAAUUAAAUUAUAUUAAUUUGGGGGACCCAUGAUGUUGGAUGCCUAACAUUUAGGCAAGAGAAAAUAAACCAAAACAUCCAUUUGGAUAAAACAAAAGUCUGCAAACCUAUGUUCUGUAAAAAAAAAAAAAAAAAUCUAAUGAGAUGAUGAAUUGUAAACAGAAAAGACUGCAAGCAUGAGACAGCAGUGGCACAGGACGCCUGGAAAUCAGCUAAAGAGUGUGGAGGUAUGCUACCGAAACAACACAGCUGUGACUGUAGCCUUUGGUUAACCGUGGAUCAUCAGCCAUAUGUGUAAUGUGCCUGCCACUUAGAAGCCACUGGGAUUCUAGAAAAUAGGAGACCAAAAAAAAAAAAAGGAGAGAGAGAGAAUGAGAAAACCUGGAACCUGUGCCAAAAGAACACUGCUGGGCCAGCAUGAGGCUGAGAUUCGUAACUGUUCCCUGAUGACGCUGCAGAAUCAAGAGGGCAGACCUCAUCUUCUUUCCCGUAAAAUGGGAGUAAUAAGCCCUUCCCUCCUCUCUCACCAGGGAUGUUAUGAGGAUCAGGUGACAGGGUGGACACGAAAGCACUUUAUAAAAGCGGAAGCUCUGAUAUUUACAAGUUCUUGGAAAAGAUAUUCUCAGGACAGUAAAGAACUGCCAGGGAAGUUUGUAAGGUUGAAAGGUUGUCUAGAGGUUAGACCAAAGGAGCCAGGGGCUGGGGGGCCAGGGGUGACAGAAUGGUGUGCACUCAUGGAAGGCCCACUCCCACACAGCCCUGGCUUCCCAGCAGGACCGUAAGACCUCUGAAGGGUGCCGGGCUUGCAGAAAAAGAGGUAGAUGUCAGGCUGACAGCCUAAAGUAGCAGGGCUCAGAGUUCUUUGCGAAAUUAUUAUAAUUCAAUAAAGGGUGUGGGAAUGAGAACAGCUAUGUCUUUUUUGCCUUCUCUUUCUUGGACAGAAUGUCCCUUUCUCACCAGGUUUCCUGUUUGCCAGCACUGGGCCUUUGUGACAUUAAUAACAG